CAUCCGGUGUUAUAGUCGUGAACAUAUUCUUGACAUAUUAAAGCGUCACUGUUUAGAUAGACGUUAGCACAUCGUAAAUCUCUGUUUGAUUUUUAGAUUUUUAAGUUUUUCGUAGUCGGAGUGCAAAUAUUUCAGGACUGGAGUUUUGCAAUUGAAAAUAAUAAGUAUCCACUUUAUUUGAUAUGAACUUCUACGUGUUGUUACUACUUCUCGACUGAUGGAGCCUGUUAAUGUACAGUUAGCUCCCCUGAUGCCGGAUGGCCUUUACGACAUGCAUGGUGGUUAUAACUACACCCCUUCCCUCUGGGGUCAUAGGGAGGACAGGACAUUCAGUGCUUUGCAGCCUGACCCCCCGUCCAGUAGAGCUGAGAAUUCAACAAGGGGUGAUAUCAAAAAACAACCCUCUGAAAACAUUGGAUCCAGUUCCGAAAACACAGAAACGAAGAAGGACCAGAAUGAAAAUACAAAGUCAGAUAGCACACAAAAACAGUCCCAGGUUGCUUGCACACUAAAAUGGUUGUCGGAGAACUACGAGAGAGCAGAAGGGGUGUGUCUCCCCAGGUGUGUCCUGUAUACACAUUACCUGGACUUCUGCAAGAAGAUGAAAUACACACCGGCAGGCGCAGCCACCUUUGGAAAGAUCAUCCGACAAAAGUUUUCGAAGAUAACCACGAGACGACUAGGGACAAGAGGACAAUCCAAGUACCAUUACUAUGGCAUUGGCAUUAAGGAGACCUCGAUCUACUAUCAUUCCGUAUACUCAGGGAAAGGAUUAACGAGAUUUUCCGGAAUCAAGAUAAAGACAGAGGGAUCGAACAGAAAAUUUUCCCUCAGUUCGAAGACCGGUACCUUACUGCCAGAAUUUCCAAACGCCGAAAACCUAAUAUUACCAGAAAAUGUCGAUAGAGACAAGAUGCAGACAUUCAUUAUGAUGUACCGAACACACUGUCAGCGAAUACUGGAUACAGUGAUUAGCGCGAACUUCGAAGAGGUUCAAAACUUUCUGCUACAUUUCUGGCAAGGAAUGCCCGAGCACCUGACCAGUCUGCUGAGUCUGGACAUGGUGGCCGACAUUGUGGGACUCUGUGACUCCAUUCUUUAUAAGGUUGUGGUAGAUGUAUUAAUACCAUCCACCAUUCAGGACCUCCCAGACAGUUUAGGGUCAGAAAUCAAACUUUUUAUUCGGAGAUUGACCCAUUGGUUAACUAGCUCUCUGGAAGAUGUGCCAAAUAAACUACGAGACAAAAAGAUAGAAGUUGCUAAACAUUUCACUCACAGUAUAAAACGGCAAAUGUCCUUUGUACAUUUAGCACAAACAGCCAGAAGUGUGCUUCAUAACCAGGAAUCUCUGAAUGGUAUGAUAGAAGAUGUGUCAAACAUUGAUCUGACUGAGAUCUGUUGUCAGGCAGGGUUCACGACCCCGAAAUCGACCAAUAGUCUUACAGAAAUCAUCAAUGACUGUUUUGAUGAAUUCCAAAAUUUGCUAACCAAGCAGGCACCUAUUGAAGGUUAUACGGAGUGGCUUGAUAAUAUCAUUGAUAAAUGUGUUUUGCAGCCAUUAAAGGACCAUGACAAAUCCUUCAAAGAAACUGCCUCCAAGUUCAUUCUACACUGGGAGAUAAUAGGGUCCCUCUUCAUGAGAGACCUCACCCUACACAAUGCAAGCAGUUUUGGAGCAUUCCAUUUGAUUCACAUGAUGUUUGACGAGUACGUCUUUCUGGUGAUGGAGACGCAACAUGACCAGGUUACAGAUAAAACACUACAGAAGGCGGUGCAGAAGUACAUGAAAUGUGCAGAGGAGAUUAAGACCCAAGCUAAAGUGCGAGUGCCCUCAUCCAAGCAUUUAGUGUCUCCAAAAGGUCGGAAAAGGAAGAUAGAGGAAGAAGUCUUUGAUAGCAAUGAUGAGGGGGACAAUACGGGUGGGAUGGACGAGAACCGACCGGGUGCGGCCGAUUCCUACUCGGCCAUGAACGGUACCGCCUUCAGUCGACCGGCUCCGUCCAUACAUAGAGAUCCUUGUAAUCUGACAUUUCCCGAGGAAAACUGUCGCUCAGGAAUAAGCCAUUCUACCUUGCCAUUAUCCCCACUCAAACACUACUCUACCAUUAACGGAAGUGCCUACGACCGUCCCACGUACAUAUCUCAGUACGGUUUGAAUUCCUAUGGUGAUAUCAUGAACACCAAUAACAGUUUCACUACUCCUCGUGUGCAGCCUUACGGCGAAAGUCAUAUCAACACUUUCACGGCAGUGCCUUUUACUGGAAGUGUUCCCCAGGCAACGACGUCGUACUGGGCAGAUAGUAGAACGCACCCGACAUUUCACGAGACUUACAAUCCGUACGGUUAUAACAAGUUCCAUUCUUCAUAUGAUACUUACAACAAAAGCUCAUUUCUGAGAGGAUCAACUUACCAAGACUCUAUAAAUAGAUCUGCAUUUGAAAAUUCUAGAAACUAUUACAGAAGCUCUCAUGAUAAUUUCCAAGUAGGCAGUCAUAUUUCUAUUGGAGGUUUGAAUGGAACGUACAUGGAUAUUGCGCAGCCGCAGUCCCAAUAUCCGCCGCGUCAGGAUUCUGCCGUGUUCUUUCAAGAUGACCUUUAUGCAAAUUCAAUGCCUCCAUCAUUUUCAACCAUAGGCAAACCAUACUUUGCAGCCGCAUUCCGAUGAAAUUACAUAACUUUAUAAUAAUUGAAAUAAAUAAAAAAUUAACAAAUUA